AUGAGAUUCACCCAGGCCUUCGUUGUUGCUUCCAUGUCCCUUGGUGUCAUGGCAGGCUGCCGGUUCGCCCCCGAGGUCUGCAAGUCGGAUGUCGGUCCUAUCUCGCGAGGCCUCACCAAUGGUUGGGUCUGCGAUCUUCCGGAAGACUUGCCCUGCCAGACGACAUGCGAGAUCACUGGUGAGAGGCAGCGAUCUGAGCCCGGAACUGUUGGUAUGGAGACGAUGAAGUGCUGCAAGCCCCAGCCCGGCUAUAUUGCAGAGGCUUUCAGAACAAAGCUGGGUAUCUCGAACACGCUCAAGACCUCGAAAUUCGAGGUAGCGAAUCGGUCCUAUGUCUCGCACGACCUUAGCACUAUAAAGGAGGGUAGAGAAGUUGUUGGGGCGUUGGUGAGAGAGCUUACCCGUGAUAAGUACACCUUAUCUUCGGUCAGUGUCGGGGCUGAGGGGACACUGCACCAUGAAGUACGCAAUAGUCGGCUUUGA